GUAUCAAAAAUGGCGAGCGAGAUGACAGCUACAGCACCGGACUCUGUUCAAUGUCCGGUUUGUUUUAAAGACUUCGAGCCUUCCUCAAUCAACGGACACCUCGACGUGUGUCUGCUGGGCACCAGUGCCCACAGUAUCCCGUUAACAACAGACGACAGUGAACCUCCUUUGAAGAAAUCUCGCAUUAGUGGCGAGGCUGUCUCGCCCCGUGGUGUCAACAGACCUUCGGCCAACUCACCCCCUUCGUCCUCUUCCUCCGCCUCAGUGUCUGGCACACCAUCAUCGUCAUCUUCUUCUUCUGUAUUUUCACUGUUUCAGGCCAACAAGAGUAAAGUUCCGUCUCAAAGUGAACGCAAUGGAGUCCUGUUAGGUAAACAAAAUGAGGUGUCUGCUGUCAACAAGCGAGUUAAACGUAAUUUACAGAUCGACUCGGAGCCUGAACCAGCAGGUACUACUGGAUCAAGCGAACCGAUCGUGAAGGCUUCACAUAAGUUCCCUCCGCGGAGCCUUCUGCCGAUGGACAAGCCUUUAGCGGAGACGCUGAGACCACACACACUCGAGGAGUACUUCGGCCAGAAUAAAGUUGUAGGACAGGAGACACUUUUUCGCUCACUUCUGGAAUCCCAGGAAAUACCAUCUUUGAUCCUCUGGGGUCCACCGGGAUGUGGAAAGACCACUCUGGCUCACAUCAUUUCCAGCACCAGUAAAAAGAAGACAGCCCGUUUUGUGACUCUUUCUGCCACCAACGCGUCUGUCAAUGAUGUCAGAGAGGUGAUCAAGCAAGCACAGAAUGAGCUACGACUGUGCAAGAGGAAGACUAUCCUGUUCGUUGAUGAAAUUCACCGCUUCAACAAAUCUCAACAGGACACCUUCCUUCCUCACGUGGAGUGUGGGACCAUUAUUCUGAUCGGGGCGACCACAGAAAAUCCGUCCUUCCAGGUGAACGCUGCCUUGCUGAGCAGGUGCAGGGUGCUGGUUCUGGAGAGGCUCUCUGUGGAGGCGAUGGGAUUGAUCCUGGACAGGGCUGUAGAUACACUGAGGAUCAGAGUGCAGGGACGACAUACUGAAGAUACAGACCAAUCAGAUGAAUAUGGGUCAAAUAUUUUCAUUGAACAAAAAGCCCUGGACACUAUAGCCUUUCUUUGUGAUGGAGAUGCAAGAGUCGGGCUCAACAGCCUGCAGCUGGCUGUUCAGGCUCAGGUGAACUUGGUCCGGCCUGACUCAUCAGGACAUGAUGGUUCUGAGAAAAUAGUGGUGAAGGAGGAGCACAUCAAAGAAGCUCUUCAGAGGUCCCAUAUUCUCUAUGACAAAGCAGGUGAAGAGCAUUACAACUGUAUCUCAGCGUUGCAUAAGUCUAUGAGAGGCUCCCAUGAGAAUGCGUCUUUGUACUGGCUGGGCCGCAUGCUGGAGGGCGGCGAGGACCCUCUCUAUGUGGCCCGCAGACUGGUCCGUUUUGCCAGCGAGGAUGUGGGUAUGGCUGAUCCUGCCGCUCUUCCUCAGGCUGUGUCUGCUUUCCAGGCCUGUCACUUUAUCGGCAUGCCUGAAUGUGAGGUGAUCUUGGCUCAGUGUGUCGUCUAUUUGGCGCGAGCACCCAAGUCUGUGGAUGUCUACAAUGCCUAUAGUAACGUGAAGACCUGUUUGAGGAACCACAAAGGGCCCCUGCCUUGCGUUCCUCUGCACCUUCGCAACGCCCCCACCAGGCUGAUGAAACAACUGGGCUACGCUAAAGGCUACAAAUACAACCCGGCCUUCAGUGGCCCUGUGGAGCAGGAGUACUUACCUGAGGAGCUGCGGGAUGUAAACUUCUUCACUUGGACACCUUCAGGCCCCUGAGGACCCGUGGUAAUGACUGACACAGCUUGGCACUAUUAAACUAAGGCUGCUAAAUAAUCCCAAAUGUUGGGAUAAAUGUAACUUAUUUUCUGCUUUUGUAACAAAUUCUCAUUCAAUUUGAAGACUUUGAAAUGCUUUCUUUGUACAUUUAUCAAUAAGAUAGGUUUAAAAAAAAAAAAAAGGAUUAAUAUCAUAUGAAUCCAUCAAUGUAACCAUCAUGUUACGGUCAAAGAAUCUCAUAAUAAUGUGUGCCUUUCUAAUUCCAAAACACAUAUUUAAAUGUUUACCAUGUUAACAUUUCUUUUUCUUUUUUUACAUAUGUUCUGUCCUUCUUAAACUAAUUAAAAUGGUUUUUUUAUGUUGAAAUCUGUAUAUAAUUAAAUGAAAUACAACACAAAUAUAAAAUGAAGUUUUAUGACA